AGGGCGGACACGGCCCACAGUGGCGAAGGCGGCUUUAGUAGCAGCAUGAAGCGCGUCCAGACCGCGGAGGAACGAGAGCGGGAAGCUAAGAAACUGAGGCUCCUUGAGGAGCUUGAAGACACUUGGCUUCCUUACCUGACCCCCAAAGAUGAUGAGUUCUAUCAGCAGUGGCAGCUGAAAUAUCCUAAACUGGUUUUCCGAGAGGCUGGCAGCAUCCCCGAGGAGCUGCAUAAAGAGGUCCCUGAGGCCUUCCUUACCCUGCAUAAGCAUGGCUGCUUGUUUCGGGACCUGGUGAGGAUCCAAGGCAAAGAUGUGCUCACCCCAGUGUCCCGCAUCCUCAUCGGGGACCCAGGCUGCACCUACAAGUACUUGAACACCAGACUUUUCACAGUGCCCUGGCCAGUGAAGGGCUGCACCAUCAACUACACAGAGGCUGACAUCGCCGCUGCAUGUCAGACCUUCCUCAAGCUCAAUGACUACCUACAGGUUGAGACCAUCCAGGCCUUGGAAGAACUGGCUGUCAAAGAGAAGGCCAAUGAAGAUGCCGUGCCGUUGUGCAUGGCAGAGUUCCCCAGGGCUGGUGUGGGGCCGUCCUGCGAUGAUGAAGUGGACAUGAAGAGCAGAGCAGCCUACAACGUGACUUUGCUAAACUUCAUGGAUCCUCAGAAAAUGCCGUACUUGAAAGAGGAGCCCUAUUUCGGCAUGGGGAAGAUGGCAGUGAGCUGGCAUCACGAUGAGAACCUGGUGGACAGGUCAGCCGUGGCGGUGUACAGCUAUAGCUGUGAAGGCUCUGAGGAUGAAAGCGAGGACGAGUGCAGCUUUGAAGGCAGAGAUCCCGACACUUGGCACGUUGGUUUUAAGAUCUCGUGGGACAUCGAGACGCCGGGCUUGACAAUUCCUCUUCACCAGGGAGACUGCUAUUUCAUGCUGGAUGACCUCAAUGCCACCCACCAGCACUGUGUUUUGGCUGGCUCACAGCCUCGGUUUAGUUCCACCCACCGCGUGGCAGAGUGCUCUACAGGCACCUUGGAUUAUAUCUUACAACGUUGCCAGUUUGCGCUGCAGAAUGUUCUCAAUGACUCGGACGAUGGCAACGUCUCAUUGAAGUCCUUUGAACCUGCAGUUUUGAAACAAGGAGAAGAAAUCCAUAAUGAGGUCGAGUUUGAGUGGCUGCGGCAGUUCUGGUUUCAAGGAAAUCGAUACAAACUCUGCACUGAUUGGUGGUGUGAGCCCAUGGCCCAGCUGGAGGGGCUGUGGAAGAAGAUGGAGACUGUGACAAAUGCGGUGCUUCGUGAAGUUAAGAGAGAGGGGCUCCCGACGGAACAAAGGAGUGAGAUUCUGUCUGCCAUCCUGGUCCCACUCACUGUACGCCAGAAUCUGAGGAAAGAGUGGCAUGCCAGGUGCCAGUCACGAAUCAUCCGGAGUUUACCAGCACAGCAGAAACCAGACUGCCGGCCAUACUGGGAGAAGGAUGACCCUUCCAUGCCCCUGCCCUUUGACCUCACAGACGUGGUUUCCGAGCUCAGAGGCCAGCUUCUGGAAGCGAGAUCCUAGAGGAAGUACAAGUCUUAGGUGGAGAAGGAAAAGAUAUUCUUGGCUUUCCUCCCCAAACCUUGGACCUGGGUAGUGUAGAUUCCUCUCAACCCCGAGGUUGUAGGACCUGGGUUCCAAAUCCAAACAGCUAGAGAACAAAGUCCACAGAUACUGAAAUGUUGAAAAGUUACUGUGUUUAGUCUGAUUUGGUGUUACAUUAGAGCACCCCUUCCCCCCCCCCCCAAAUAUUCUUCACUCAUUUUUCCCCCUUGGGAGCUCCUUUGUCCCCAAGGCAGCAACAGGGAUGAGCUAAGCCUGUGACAAGCCUCACCUGCUUUCCCCUUUGGCUAGCUACCUCAGAGACGGGAACUAGACCUAGCCAUGGGAUGACAGAACUAGAGACAUCCAUCCCAGCUUCUCACCAUGGCUUCUAGUGGUUAGACCAUCCAAGAUGGCAGCCAGCGGCUCACCGUGACUGCACGGACAUAAAUUCAGCUCAGUUGUAGUUAAAACUCCAUUCUUCAGUUGCCUUGGUGUGUGCUGGUGACUGCCGGUUUACACAGUACAUACAGAUGGUUUUGUGUUUCACACAUAUGAGUUGGCAUUCAUUCGUCCAGUUUUCUGUAGCGGCUAAGACAUGGAGAAAAGCAGUGAAAGGCAAUCACCUCAGUCACCUCUUCCCUCCUCUUCGAGGGAAGGGGCUGUGAGCCCUAUGCACCACUGCACACAGGAAAAGGAAGGAGCUACAAAGGAAACAGCCACCCCCUGUCUUUAUGGGGUUUCCCUGAUCCACUGACAGAGCCCAGCCCUAUGGACACUAUUCUGUGGCGUUAGUGUUUUCCUAGAACCCCCCCACUCAUAGGCACUGAUGGCAGGUGUGAAGGACUCAGUUCCCAACCCAGUGACAAGAGUGCAUCAGAGAGACCAUGGACAGAUGUUAAGCCUGCACUCUGAUUUCAAAGUGCCAAGUUUAAGACACCCCCCUUCCUCACUCUGUGACCUCUGCGUGUCCUUGGGUCUCAGUUUUCUCAUCUGUAUGGUGGGAGAUGCCAAAAGUACCAACUCCUAACAUGACAAUGACGUGAUAUGACCGAGCUACAGACCUAGAGUAAUUUCUAGCAUACCACUAAAUAUCUGAUACGUACCAGGGUCGUUAUAUGAGCUAACCUGAAGAAGCCAUCUUCCUCCCCCAGUCUGCAGUCCCUUGCUGUCUGUGUCUUGUUUGGCCCACAUCUUUCUCUGCUGACCUGAAGCCUUUUGGUGACUGAAAUAUUAACAACAGUUAGCCCAUGAUUUUCUUGUAUUGGCCGAGACCUGCAUUUGAAAGGGCACAAAACAGUAGUGUUUUUUGCAGAGCCAGGAUGCCAUUUAAGGUGCCCUCUUGCCUAGAGUUAGCCACAGAAGCUACACUCCACAAGCACCUAGGAUUUUCUGGUGCAGGGACCCAAGGCUCUCAGACCUUGAUUUGUUCCCUUCUGUCUCUGAGCCAGAACUUCCUCAUCAGUAGAGAGGUGAGGUACAUUCUCACAGGGUAAAAUGGAAUGUUCUAAGUAAGGGUACUGGUGGCUUCAUAUGUCACAGGCUGUCCCAUCACCCCCAGCCCCAGCCAUCUGGCUCUGUGGUUUAUUAGGCCCCAUGAUAUUUCUUCUUUGUUCAGUUUCAUUGGGUGCCAAAAUUAAAAAUCAGGAGAUUCCACAUAAAAUAAAAAUGUCUACAUUCUCUUUAGAAGCCAGGAUACCUGUGAGGCCCUGGGUUUCCAUAGUCGCAUGGCAGUGGCUUGGCAGUGUCUGUGACCUCUGUGCUCUGCUGUGACCCUGCUGCUCCCUGUCACCAUUUUGUAAGCCUGCUCCCCAGCAGCGCUUUCUAAACCUGCUUGCUGACAUCCUGUAGUAGAAAGCAGUAGCAUCGAGUGCUCAGUCCGUGUGUCUCCCACUGAACUGUGUCCAUGGUCUGCUUGUACUGCCGUACUGUGUGCAUCUGUUCAUACACAAUAAAGAAUUACCAGAUGAGAAGCCAA